GAUAUAUGGAUAGUACCAUCUAGGGUUUUCCAGCACUACUUAGCUGUAUUUAUAAUUGUUAAUAACAAAAACAACAAUCGUAGAACUAGAAGAAAUAACAGACUAAAAAUGAAUCAACCGUUACUUGCGGAGGAGCAAAAUACGCAGGACGAAACUUUUUGUGUUGAGGUUUCGAAUGAUAGUUACGGAGAAACUAAUUCCGAACAAAAUAAAAUUACGGAAACACCUUUUUUAGAGUUUCCUACAGAAGAAAUUAACCAAGUUGAAGUGCAAACUUUCUCUAAUAUCUACAACAGUACUGAAGAAUUGCUAAAAGUUCCUACAAAAAAAUUUCUUCGCAAGGAAUGUAAUUUGUUGAACAAAAUUGACAUAAGCUUUUCCGACGCAUUGAGCGAUCAUAACUAUACAACACAAGAAGCGCUUAAGUGUCGACAAUGCCUGGAUUGUGUUGAAAAUAUGCUUCUAAAUCUUAUUUUUCCAAAUAGAGCUGCAUCUGAGCCUGUUUCACCAAACGUAUCAAAUUUCAUUGACACUACCAUAAAUAAUCUAAAAAAUAUUCAAUUAGAAUUGGAUGUAACUAAUAAAAAAUGCCUAGACAUUAGUCAAACAUCCUUAUGUACAAAAAAAUGUACUACAGAGUUAAAAGAAAACUGUUCAGAGCCAUUGGAAGUCGAGUUGGAUGAUCUGUACCUUGAAAAUCUUUAUACAAAUUUUGGGAAAGAAAAGGUUGUCUUAAAACCUAUUUUAAUGACCACAAUAAAUUUUGCAAAACAGUUAAUAAAUGAGUGUUAUGAGCACACAUCAACGUCUGAAGAGGAAUUUAAAGUGAUUUUAUUAACAAAAAUAAAAAAACUUCACGAAAUUGCAUCCCUUGGAAGUACAUCAGCAUGCCAAACUCUAGACAAAUCGUUCAAAGGGUCAAAGAUGUCUAAACAUAAAAAAAACAAUAAAGCAAAAAUUAGACUACUUUUAGAUACAUCUAGUUCGUUGGACACAGACUCCGAGUUCAAAAGUAGCUGUGAUAAUCUAAACGAAAAAUCUUCAAGUGAGUGUAGUUCGAGACUGUCGUCAAUAACUCGCUGGUACUACUCAAGUAAAAACGGAAAUUUGCCUUGUGAUUAUAAUGACGGUGUUGAUCUUUCCAAGUAUAUAAAGUUGGAUGUAAAUAAUAAUUUAAAACUUUUAGAGGUCGAUAUAAAAACUAUUAAGAUUACGAGAUCAUGUGUAUCGGACAACGACACAGACAAAGAAAUCGACAGAUUGACAAAUUUGAGUGCGUUGAAUACACGUCAUGGCCAUAAAAGUUACACCAAAUCCAACAAAAAGAGUCAGCAAAAUGUAUUUCAAAGGCGUAUGCUUAAAAAGGACCUUUGCUUUGGAGAAUACAUGGACCAAUAUGAAAGUGAUACUAUAAUUGAAAAUGAAGAUAAUUUAACCGAGGUACAGUUUCUAUCGCGUUAUAACGAACAAAUCAAAUUUCAACUGUUAAAUGAUUCAAGUAGUGAAUCAGGAUUGUCAAAUAAAAGUAGCUACGAUCAUUUAAAGGAAAUUUUUUCAGAAGGAAGUGAUACCAUAACUAAUACUGUUGACAAGUUUUUGCGAAAUUUUAAUUCUGAUAACAUAGUUCAAUAUCAAGAGGAAACAGCCAAAGCUCUUUUUCUUGACAAAGAAAUUCAACUUAAGGAGAACUGCCUACAUCAUAACGCUGACGUUUUUGUCGAAGAAGAUGAUUUAAAAAUCUCAAACAUUAAGUCAAUAGAUACAUUGACAGAAGCGGGAAAGCAUAGUAAACAUGAAGAAAUCGUGCUAAGCUCGGAGAGUGAUUUUUCAGAUGUUGAAACUGAUCUUCAAAAAUCAAGAUUGAUAAAACCAAUGCUUCGAAUUGAUCAACUUGCCAAUGAAACGAGAGCUGCACAAAAAACCGAAAGUGAACGGGUUCGACGGCUUGAAAAGAAACAUUUGGAGCUUUGCAAAGCAAUUAAAAAUAACUUUGAAUGUAUAAAUAAGUCAGAGCUAAUACUUGAUUACAUCGAAAGCACUAAUACAUUCAUUAAAAUGAAUAGUGAUAUAGUCAAACAAUUAAAGCCUCACCAAAUUGAUGGUGUUAAAUUUAUGUACGAUUCCUGUUAUGGCGGGGUGGAUCAGGCCAAACGAAAUUCUGGAUCAGGAUGCAUUUUGGCUCAUUGUAUGGGUCUGGGAAAGACUCUUCAGUUGAUCGCUUUACUACACACCGUGAUAUCUUACAAGGAACUAAACACGACAAAGGUCUUGGUACUCUGUCCAAAAAGCACGGUCAUGAAUUGGGCUGACGAAUUUCAAUAUUGGCUGAGUCCUUUAAAUAUAAAAAGUCAUUUAAAGGUUUUCAUAUUUCCUGAUUCAUCUGAUAUUGCAGAAAAGCUGCUGGUAUUGGAAGAAUGGUCUUUAUCGUCGGCUAACAGAGCGGGCUGCUUGUUAGUGGGUUACGAGGCAUUCCGUACACUUGUCUUUUAUCACUCAUAUAAAUAUCGAGGGAACGUGACUUCAUCAAAAUUAGAAAAUGUUCGAGAUAAAGUUCAUAAAUACCUAUUGCAGCCUGGUGCAGAUUUAGUCGUUUGUGAUGAAGGACAUAUUAUUAAAAAUAGCAAAUCUGCCAUAAGUCUUGCCGUAUCAAAAAUAAAAACGCCAAAACGUAUAAUACUAACCGGAACGCCUAUACAAAAUAAUCUUAAAGAAUAUUAUAGCAUGGUAAACUUUAUAAAACCAUUGUACCUUGGCACUGAAAGGGAGUUUGCAAAUUUAUAUGCAAAUCCAAUAAAGAACGGCCAACACAAAGAUUCCAGUAAAAAAGAUAUAACAAUAAUGAAGCAGCGAUCCUUCGUGUUACACAAGAAACUCUCAAAAUUUGUUCAGAGGAAAGAGGCAGAGUUGCUUAAAACUUUUUUGCCACAAAAAUUUGAGUAUGUUUUAUUUAUUCCGAUGACGUCUAUUCAGAAUAUACUUUAUGAACAUAUAUUGGAAGCAAUAGGAAAUCGUGGCGACUGUCGAGGCAAAAGUCUGAUAACAGAUUAUACGGUUUUAAGAAAGAUAUGGACACAUCCUAAGGUAUUAGAGGACGCAUGGAAAAAUGCUACUAUCCAAAGAAGCAAAAAAGAUACAAAAAGACUCAAUUGUCCGAACUCUGAGGAAGAUCAACCAGAUGACAUUUAUGACAGUCAAACUGGUGUUAUGUCUGUAACUAAUGAUUGGUGGCGCAGGUAUCUGACAAAAUCAGAUUUGGAAUCUAUAAUUCCUAGUAAUAAACUCCGGAUUAUGUUUUCCAUUCUUCGAAUGUGUGAAGAGAAGGGCGAAAAAUGUUUAAUUUUUUCCGCUUUUGUGGCAGUACUCAAUGUGGUCGAAUACUUUUUCAAACGGAUUACGGAUUCUGAUCCCGAACUAUUUUACCUCGCCCAUAUACCAUCAAGCCAAAAACCCUCAGGAAAAUGGAUCAGUGGGCAAGACUAUUACAGACUGGAUGGUAAAACACCUAAAAACAUACGACAUGAAAUGAUUAAACGAUUUAACAGUGAAGUCAACAGACGUGCACGGGUUUUUUUAAUAUCUGCCAGGGCUGGAGGCCAAGGAAUUAAUCUAAUUGGAGCGAAUAGAGUGAUAAUUUUAGACACUUCUUGGAAUCCAUCCAAUGAUCAACAAAAUAUAUUUCGAAUAUUUCGUCUGGGGCAAAAAAAAAAUUGCUAUAUAUACCGUCUAAUUGCCAUGGGCACUAUGGAGGAAAAAGUUUACUCUCGGUCUGUUACAAAACAAGCUAUGAGUUUUCGAGUAGUAGAUGAACAACAAAUAGAUAGGCAUUAUAACAUGGAAGAAUUAUCAGAACUUUAUACGUUGACGAAGCCAAAAAAAUGUGAAAGAACUAUGCCAGUACUACCUAAGGACACUAUACUAGCACACUUGUUAAGACAAUCGGAGCUUGUUUAUAAAUACCAUGAGCAUGAUAGUCUCUUAGAAAAUAAAGUCGAGCAAGAACUGAGUGAACAAGAAAAAGCGGAUGCUUGGGAAACUUACGAAAAGGAAUUAGAAGUCAAUCUGGAACAACAAGAAGGAUUAAACGCUGAAAAAGGUCAAAUCAGUAUUCCAAGAUCAAGACUGUCCUCGUACAUAGCUCCUAUUCCAAGUCUGGAUGUAACCCCUCACUGUUUCAUGAUCUUCGACUAG